UUUUCGGGGGGGUCUCCUUCGUCACUCUCGCUCGUCUCCGGUCUACCUUCGUUCAUCUUCUCCUUCCUUUUCUCCUCCGAACGAGACCAUAAACCCCAAAUUCUGGCAACCGACGAAGAGCACGAAUCGAAGAUACAUAGAACCAAGCAACGAUUUUGAUUCGCAGGUUCGAUUCGAUUCGAGUCGAUUCCGGAGGCUGCGCAUCGCCUUUGCCCUCCCUCUCUCUCGCCGCGAGCGAAUUCGUGGAGGAAUCGGUCGGGAAAACAUUUGGGAUUUGGGGUUGCGAAUUAAGGGUCGACACUCCUGGCUCAUCCUCUCUCCAACCUCCGCCUGCUCUCGAUCCGCGGUCUGAGGGUUAUGGGUGCUGCGGGCUCCAAGCUCGAGAAGGCCCUCGGCGACCAGUUCCCCGAGGGCGAGCGCUACUUCGGCCUCGAGAACUUCGGCAACACUUGCUAUUGCAACAGCGUCUUGCAGGCCCUUUAUUUUUGCGUGCCCUUUCGCGACCAACUGCUUGACUAUUAUGCAAGUAACAAAAGUGUUGGAGAUGAAGAUAACCUGUUAGCGUGCCUUGCAGACCUAUUUACGCAGAUAAGUUCACAAAAGAAGAAAACCGGUGUCAUUGCUCCAAAACGUUUUGUCCAGAGAUUAAAGAAACAAAAUGAGCUGUUCCGAAGCUACAUGCACCAGGAUGCACAUGAGUUUUUGAACUUUCUGCUAAAUGAAAUUGUGGACACUUUGGAGAAAGAGGCCCAAGCCACAAAAAAUGAUCAAGAAACAUCAUCACCUGCUGAGAAGACUGCAAAUGGGCCUAAGAAUGCCCAUGCUAACGGUGGCCCGAAGGAGCAAUUAGAUACUUGGGUGCACAAGAAUUUUCAGGGAAUACUUACAAAUGAGACAAGGUGCCUGCGGUGCGAGACAGUAACUGCAAGAGAUGAAACUUUUUUUGACUUGAGUCUUGAUAUUGAACAGAAUAGUUCAAUUACCAGCUGUUUAAAAAACUUUAGCUCAACAGAAACAUUAAAUGCUGAGGACAAAUUUUUCUGUGACAAAUGCUGCAGCUUGCAAGAAGCUCAGAAGAGGAUGAAGAUAAAAAAGCCACCUCAAAUCCUUGUCAUCCAUCUGAAGAGGUUUAAGUACAUUGAGCAGCUCGGUCGGUACAAGAAGUUAUCUUAUCGCGUUGUGUUUCCACUGGAGCUGAAGCUAAGUAACACUGUAGAAGAUGCAGAUUCUGAAUAUUCCUUAUUUGCUGUGGUUGUCCAUGUUGGAAGUGGGCCGAACCAUGGCCACUAUGUUAGCCUGGUGAAGAGCCACAACCACUGGUUAUUUUUUGAUGACGAAAAUGUAGAGAUGAUUGACGAGUCCGCGGUGCAGACAUUCUUUGGAUCGGCACAGGAAUAUUCGAGUAAUACAGAUCAUGGUUACAUCUUGUUCUAUGAGAGACUUGGCAACGGGCAUAUGAGUUGAGAAGAAGGGAACUAGAUCCCUAAUUAGGUAAUUUAACCACUCUGGCCUGUUUUGUUGUUUUAUGUCCUAUUUUAUUGGUCUUUGCCCUCCUUUACAACCUCUCAGGGAUCUGUUCGCCAGCUAUCAUUGAGAUAAAAGGUGUCCUGGAAAGUGUAUACUUUGAUGGUCCGUGUACAGCUUAUGGUGGAAGCACACUGUCCCUUUUUUCUUACUAAUAAGAGGGGGAAACAGCACUGUAUAUGUUGGCUUUGAAAAUUUUUUACCCAAGUGGUAAUUCGCUGCUGAUUUUGCCAUCAUUUUAGAGUAAAUUGUAGUACAUGGCCAUUUUGAUUCUGGGUUUUCUCUUGA